AUGGGUACUCAAGCGUUUCCACAAUACAAGACUGAUCUCAACGCAUUGUGGAGGCUGCGAUCAACGUUUGAUGAAGUGCUCGUGUACAAGAACUUGCUCUCGAUUAGAUUUCCAGUUCUCGAAAAAGUCGUGAAUGUCGACGUCGGUUGCCCGAUUUUAGACGCUUGUGUCACACAUAACUUUGUGGCGAUUAUUACGGAGGAGCAUAUCUAUAUCGCACACAAGGACGAAAUCGAUGUUCCUCAGCGCUGUAAAUGCACGAGAGGUGCCCCACCGAGUCUGGAGUUUGAGCCGACGCAGUGGAUUUCAGUGACGUCGGAGUCUCGCCCAACAGUUAUCAGUGAUCGUUGGUGGGCAAGGAAGAAAUCGCCUUCGGAUAUGAUUCUGACAUCGACAGUGUCUACAGUGUACCUGGUGUAUACGGUGGAUGGUGUGAGUACGGUAGUUAGGAUGUUCAACGAAAACAGUUACCUGGAAAGUGAUGCAAUCAAAUCGUGUGUGGUUCAAAUCCCUGAAGACGUGCGAAUCGUUGCGGCUGCUUCGGGGAAUGAUCAUAGCCUUUUCUUGACAGACAGGGGAUCUGUUUACGCCCUAGGAACCGGCAGUCGUGGUGAGCUGGGAAACGGUCUGAUCCCGCGCGUUUGUGAAUUGACUUGGUUGGAAGCGCUUGAGGGCUUGAAAGUGGUGGAUAUUGUGGCAGCCGGGUGGCACAGCGGUGCACUGACUAAUGAUGGCGACGUUUAUCUGUGGGGUUGGAAUCAUCGUGGACAACUUGGAGAUGAAAAGGAGCGAGUCGAAUAUUAUCCAUCACCAUUGGAAGUUGACAUUCGGAUAGUGAGAAUUGAAAUGAGGGAUCACUUGACUGCAUUGUGGACUGCCGAAGAUGGUGAUGAGCCGUCAAUUGUGUUCGGCUCGAGUGAUAUCGGGAUGCCAACGAUCCGACUGCGCUACUACGACCAAACGCCCGAUAGUAACCCGACAGAAGAUCGAAGUGUGGAAAUGGUGUUUUUGAAGAGCGAGCCGAAGACGACUGGCCAUCGCUCUGAACAAGUGCGAGAAAUCACAGCUCUUCAGAAUAUACCGGGUUCCAGGGUUCAUUCGAGUAUCCAGUGA